AAGGCAAACGGACUACAACUUCCGGGAAGCAAGCGAGCGGAAGGACUACACUGCGCAGGCGCAGACCCAACGGUCGCGGGUCGGAUUUGAAUUUCGGUUGGAUGGCUGAAGACGAAGUGGAGCUCACAGUGUUGUUCUUAAGUUUUUUAGCAAUGUAGAAAAUGGCAGCAAAGUUAAACCCGCCGGAUUCAGAAGCGUCGUCGUCUCUAAACGAGCAGUCGGUGUCUAGCCGGAGUAGUAACAGAAGUCUUAGGGUCGCGGAGAAGGAGAGGAGGAAGAAUGAGGCGGAGGACCCGGUUGUUCUGGCCCUGAAGUACUUCAAUGACGUUGAAGCCGGUACUCCUGUGAGUGGGAACGAUGAGGUGGAGAGGAACCUGGUGCUGGUGGAGAAGAUGGCCUACAGUAGAGGACUUUCCCCGGAGGCCAUCUCUAUUAUGCUCGAGUUUGCCAUGAGCCUCCGUAUGGGGACGAAUCUAUGUGCGCGGGUGCUGAGGUGUCUGAUUCCUGCCACUGUGGUGCCACAGGAGGCCGUUGUUAGAGCGGUGGUUUGGCUGGGGGUUGGCAAAAUACCAAUCAUACACAAGUAAAUUCUUUUCAUAAAGUGGGUGUUGACCGUAUUUGACAUGAUUGAUACAAAGGAUCAACUUCGAGCAAUCUAUGGCUUCAUCUUCAGCUUCGUCAGAGAGGAGAAUCUGUGUCCUUUCAUCUGCCAUCUGCUGUACCUUUUGACCAGAAAGGAAAGUGUCUUCAGAGUCAGGAAGCUGCUGGAGCUGCAGUCUAAACUGGGAAGGCAGCCGUUCCUCAUGAACCUGUUGUCACUUUACAAAGUGUUUUGCCCUGAACUGGUGACGCUCUCCAUCCCAUCACGAGCUAAGAGUGGGUUUAAGAACCACAAUCAGCCCUGGAAAUCAGCGUUGAUUGCUGUCCAGAAGAGGGAGGGUUCCCAGGUUCCCUCCAGCAUCAGUCUGGCCUCCACAAUGAAGACCAACCCCAGGAAAAGGAAACACUGCCACCUGGAAUUUCCGGUGUUGAGUUCUGUAGUCAGUAAAGCGGCUCAGACUGAGCCGUACUCCAGCAGAAAGUUGCUCCCCCUGGUGCAGGUCCACUCCUUUGCUCAGCUCCUGGAAAAUAUGCACCGUAUAGAGCUGCCCGCUCAGAUGGGCUCACUGCUGGGCUCCAGUCUAGCACUGCAGUACCUGGACUAUGUACAGGACGAGUCUGCCCUCCUACGCCUCAACUUCUGGCUAGGCUUCGCUCUCCAUGAAGGUAAGGAAGGGGGACUUUUGUUCUGUGGCGACGGAGGAGCCUCCCAGAAUUCAGAAGAGUCUCUGCAGUUUUUGAACAUGCUGUCCACACAGCACUUUCUCCAGGAGGGGUUUUCCUGCACAGAGGCUUUUCUCUACAAAUUUCUCAAUGUUUGGGACGGUUCCCUCCUCCGCCCGCAGAUCCUCGGCCUGCUGAGCAGCAUCCCUGUUAUCCCCAGUUCCCAAAUCGGACGGUUUCUGUUUGAGCCCCUCCUGCAGCUCUUCUUCACCUCCUCACUGUUUUUCAAGUGUGGACUGAUAGAGUGUCUAAACAAUAUGCUGUUGAAGUGGCUGACCUGGCACUCAGUGUAUGCUCUGGAGGACGACUUUGACAUCAGCAUCAACAGCCACACCUCCAUAAAUAUGACUCUGACGGGGUUCAAGGAUUCGGUGAUGGAGCUGGUUGACUUUUUGGGUCGGCUGGCCUCCGUGGGCCUUCAGCUCGAAGGCUGCCACUCCCUCCUCCUCAGCUUCAUCAUGCACUUCUACGAGACGGUGUGUGACAUGUUUCUGAAGUAUGGACUCCCCCUCGUGGUGAUGCCUCCACCUGGAGUGUUUUACCCAGCCCUAUUUGCCACUGACGCUGUUAGCGUGGACAGACUGGCCUACAUCAUGUACAGGUACAAGGUGAACUUGACAUCAGCCAAGAGUAAAGAAAAACUCACAGAGCAGGCCUUUCACAUCAGCCGUCAGACGUACCGCGAGUUCAACCACUACGCAAGCGUCAUGGUCAGCUGCCUGUGGAACGGCGAGAUGUUUCAACCAAGCUCGGGUGUACCGCUGGGAGAGGAGCUGCUGCUCAAGAGCAACGUGCCGCAAUACUGGACGAGCUUCGACCUCCUCCACCACCCUGCCUUCAUGAGCUACGCCAUCAACUUCCACCAGAAGUGUUGGCCGGGGAGAGAGGACAUGGACCUCAAUUCCAUAAAGCAUCCCAAGCCAUGGAGCUGGUACCUGGAGUAUUUGUUCAGUCAGGGCUACGACGGCCUUAAACAGUUUGUUCAGAGCAACAUCAGCCGGCGGCUGGCAGCAGGCGACGGGCAGAGCGACAGCCUGUCCACAUAGCAGAGGUAGAUGCUCAACUCAACGGAGAGGACAAACAACCACUUGCAUCUUACCCAUUUUUUUUUUUUUAAAAGACUUGUAUAUAUUUCAUCUCCUCGUCUCCUCCAAGCGAGCUACUCGCUAGCGAUCUGAGUAUCUUUUUAUGUACAUAGAUGUAUCUGUGUUUAUUGUGUAUUUUUUUUACUUAUAGUAAUGUCUAUUCAGCGAUAAUAGAGAGGCGAAGUCCUUCCCAGUCCAGGACCUUAUUUCUGAGAAAAUAUGAACGGUAGUCAACGGCGAGAGAUAAAUAUUUUUUUGAUCCCGUUUGUAUUGCUCCAUGAAUCACACAGAUGAUGUUUGUCAAUUUAAAAUAUAAUUUUGCAAGUCAAGAAAGUCUCAGU